AUUCGUAUCGUUCUCAUCAGAAAAAGAGAUGGAGGAAACUGAAGAAAGAAUACCAAAAACUGUUCCAAAUAUGUUGACACGCACGAGUACGGCUUCUUUAUUUCUAACUCGGCUAAAGGCUAAACGCUCAUCGUCUAAGCAAGAUGACAAUGAGCUCGAAAGUGGUCGAGUUCAAUAUGAACCGUCAUUACCCGAUGAUUCGAUAAGUCCUUCCAUGGAAGAUUACUUCAUCAUCAGUGAACAUACCACUUCCGAUGAAAUCGACCGUACUUCGCUACGCAUCAAUGAAGACCUCAUUAAAAAUAUUCUCACGGAACACAAAAGGCAUAUGGGUUAUAAAUCACAAAUCUUGGAGAAUCUAGAAUCAGGCAAAAUGAAUGAAAUAAACGUAAACACGAUUUUUGCGGACAUCAAGUCUAAUGAAGUCAACAUCUUAUUGCUACAAGUGAGUUUUUUAGGUCGUACGAAUCUCAUUCAUCAUUUGUGCAAAUGUGGAGCCAAUAUUAAUUACACCGAACAUAAUCAUGGCCUUACCCCCUUACAUUUAUGUGCCUUUCGGAACUGUCUGGAUGGAGUCAAAUAUUUAAUAGAACAAGGCGCGAGCGUUGAUACCAAAUCGAAGCACACAGCGUUUCAUUACGCCGCUUUUGGAGAUGCCUUCGACGUAGCUCAGUAUUUCAUGCAACGAGGUAUCAGUCAGCUAUCUCCGUAUGAAGCUGAAGAAACUGUAUUGCAUGUGGCUUCACGGACUAACGCCUUGCGCGUACUUACUUUACUGGCACCGAAUAACAAAGAAUUGAAUCGUUUGGAUCAGGACGGAUACGCCGCUAUUCAUCAUGCAGCCAACGACGGAGACAAAGUUUGUUUAGAUAUACUUCUGAAAGCCGGUUGUCAAGUGGAUUUACUUACCAGAAAGAACGACACUGCUUUGCACUUGGCUGCGGAAGUUGGUUGCGCGGGUAACUUGGCUCUUUUGGUCAAGGCAAAUGCUAAUCUUCAAUUGAAGAACCAUCGAGGACACACGGCCUUGCAUUUAGCCGCUCGUUCGCAUUCUCUGGAAUGCGUGGAGAUUUUACUGAAAGGUCGCGCGGAUCCUAACGUGGAAGAUAAUGAGGGUCGGACACCUCUGCAUCUGGCUCUAGGUAAGUCUCUGAUGACCGACGACAUCACUGAGCUUCUGCUGAAAUGGCGGGCGGAUGUAAAUAAGGCAGACAAGUACGGUUAUACGCCUUUACACAUCGCUGCAUCGAACGAGCUAUCACGAUGCGUGAAUCUAUUGAUAAAACACGAAGCAGACCUCAGUGCCAAGACCAUCGGUGAUAACAGUGCCCUAUCCAUCGUUCUGCGUAAGACCCCGACAUCUCUGAACGUGUUCGAACGUAGGCUGGACAAGUCUCUAACUUUGAGCCGGCAGGGAUUCAUCGCAGGCAAGCUCGAGUUACAACUGGACUUUCGUCCGUUGCUUCAGCAUCGGCGGAACCGUUCGUCCGAGACCGGUUAUCUGAAUACCUUUGUGAAGGAGGGCUACAAGGAAAUUCUGGAACACCCUUUAUGCCAGUCUUUCCUUCAUCUCAAGUGGCACAAGAUCCGAAAGUACUACGUCGCCCGAUUGCUCUUCUACCUGAUAUAUGUGUUGAUCCUUACAAGCUGGGUGAUAAUCGCCCUCGCUCAUAACUGUUACAAUGAAUCAAAGGGUUAUUACAUACACAAUAAGCUGUUGUGCCCGAGCGCAACUGGGAUUUAUGGAUUUUUUUAUAGACAUCCUACACUACUCGAGAUUCAGUGGUACGCGCUGAUGAUGCUCACCAUACUCGAGGCUUGUCGCAAGUUCGCCGUUAUUUCCAGUUAUCGAUCUGUUAGACAAUUCUUCACGCAGGUGGAGAACCUAGCCGACUGGUGCGUGAUAUUGAGCGUGUUUGCCACCUCUUUCGUAUAUACGGGAAAAACGUAUGUCUGGCAAAGGCACUUAGGCGCCUUCGCCGUACUUUGUGGUUGGAGCAAUCUGAUGCUGAUGAUCGGACAGCUUCCUGUGUUCGGUGCUUACGUCGCUAUGUUUACUAGUGUGCAGGCACAAGUAUUUAAGCUACUUCUGGCCUACGCCUGUCUGCUAGUGGGCUUUACGGCGAGCUUCUGUGUGAUCUUUCCAUAUUCCAAUUCGUUCAGCAGUCCGCAUAUAGGUCUUAUUAAGAUCCUCGCGAUGAUGACUGGCGAUUUAGGCUUUGAUUCUUACUUAAUCUCAUUUGAUAAGAGUGGCAUCUACGAGAAUAACGAAGGAGCUUCCUGGAUUUUGCUACAAAUUUCGGCCCAACUCCUUUUCGUGUUGUUCCUUCUAUUUGUCACGAUCGUGCUGAUGAAUUUAUUGAUUGGUAUAGCCGUGCACGAUAUCAAGGGUCUUCAAAAAACGGCGGGUCUUGCAAAACUCGUUCGCCAAACAAAAUUGAUCCACGACGUUGAGACUGCAAUUUUCCUGGGAUUUAUUCCGUCAAAACGCUUCAUCAAAUGCAUGCGAUGGACCACGCUACUUCUGCCACCACCUUUACGAGCCGUUCUGACUGUUCGUCCACUAAGUCCCAGAGAGAAGAGAUUACCACGUGAUGUUCUUUUGGCCGCUUACAAAAUAGCCAAGGAAAGAGAUGGACAAAACAAUUACACCGCGUCACGCAGAAAAAUUUAUAGCGCAAAAGCGGGUUUCAAAGGCGACAUGACCAUGUAUCGUCGUCGUGAUUUCGACGAGGAUACACUGCACGAUUGUGACAAAUUUAAAAACGAAAUCGCGGAACUCAAAAAGAUUUGCGAGAAAAAUCAAACUCUCCUUCAGGAACUCAUAAAAGCUCAUAUAAUUCAAGCGAGUAUGUAUGAGAACGAUCGAGAUUCGUUAGGAGCGAGUGCCAAAGUAAAAAACCUUGAGACGAAUAAUCUGGAAACACCGACUAUUUUGAAUGAUGAGGAACAUUUUUAUUCCAAAAGCUUCAACAGUCGUCACAAAAGCGAUCCUCUGUCCGUAAGAUUAGCUCCCACUUAUAGGUCAUUGAGAUGUGCAUAUGCAGAGGAUUGUCCGCAAAAAAAUGUGUUCGAUGAUGCAACCAUAUUCGAUAAUGAUCAAAUCGAAAUCGACGCCGGUGUACCACCACCAGUCGAUGACUCUCUCUUCUUUGACAAUCUGGAAAUUCUGGAAUGCCACAAGAAUCAUUACGUGAAUGGUGCCAAAUUGAGAUCGGUUAUAUGGUCUAUCGUCGAUACGAUGGAGACGAGGUUACUACAGUACAUGGAGAAGAGUCGCACGCUUCCGAACGCGUGCAAAAGCGAGAAUCUACGAAACGUUGCUUACAUUUGGGCAUCCUAUCGUGGUCUGCUUCAUCUUCUGCCGCAGUUGGAGCACGCCGGAGCGCGUUAUGACUACGUCGAACCGCGGACUGGUGUGAACGCUAUCCUCGCGGCUUCAUUGGGUGAUAAAGUCGCCUGCGUGGAGUAUCUAAUCGCGAAGGGUGCCAAUGUGAAUUACGAGAGCCCCAUCAUUCAUUACACUCCUCUUCAUUUCGCAGCGCUCGGUAAUAGCUGUCAUGCCGCAGCUACAUUACUGGAUCAUGACGCCAAGCUCAAUUAUGUCUGUCAGGAAGUGGUCGAGCCAAUUCUGCAUAGUGCCAUCCGCGCGAAGGCGGUGGAAACGGUAAAGCUGCUGCUCGAGCGUGGUGCCAGUGUUGUCGAGAAGAAUCACUUGGGCCAGACGCCGUUGCACGUGGCCUGUUUCGUGCAAUCAAUACCAUGCGUCGAGCUACUUUCAGCCAGUGCGCCUAACGUGAACGAUGUGGAUAGGGAGCACAGGACACCCCUGCAUUUCGCCGUGAUGAGCACAGACUCAUCCGUCGAGUUAGUACAGUUGUUGCUGAAACGCGGCGCUUUGAUAAAUGCGGCCGAUCGGACAGGUUUCACGCCUCUUCACAUUGCCGCACUGAACGAACAAUCUCAAUGUGUGGAUGCGCUCAUCUGGGCGGGCGCUGACAUCAGCGCGACCACGUGCACUAGAUUAUCCGCUCUGAAUAUUAUAUUGAAGAAAAUUCCUGAGUCUCUGCACGUGUUCCGACAGCGGUUGGACGCUUCCAUUAGACUGACCCGACCGGCAUCACAUAAUCGUGAGUUUGAAAUGAGACUGCACUUCGACAAUCUCUUCCCCAGCGGUAAUCAGUGCGAAACCAGUUUCAUAAAUACUUUUGUACAAGAGCACCGAAAGGACUUGUUGUCGCAUCCUCUGGUUAUGGCCUUCCUACACCUCAAGUGGGAGAAAAUUCGCAAGCUCUAUUUGCUGAGAAUACUUUUGUAUUCUAUGACAGUGAUAUGUUUGACUACUUACGUACUGACUGCGUUAGCAUAUAAAUGUUACAAUCAAAACGAAGCCAAUAGCUCCAAGAUAUGCGGCAGCAGACGACCGUCUGACUUUCUCUUCCGAAAAUCAAUCAUCGAGAUUGAAUGGUACCUCGCGCUGGUUCUGACAUGCAUCACCAUACCAAGAAAAAUAUAUGGCUUCAUGGUUUACAAAUCGGCACUACAGUAUUUUUCCAGCAUUGACAACGUGUUGGACGGCGUGGUGAUUGUGAGUGUAUUCGUUACAUCCUUCGUGUAUACUGGGCGUACUUACGACUGGCAGAAUUACGUCGGCGCGUUUGCUGUUCUUUGCGCCUGGACCAAUUUAAUGCUGAUGGUGGGUCAGUUACCGGCCUUCGGUACCUACGUUGCUAUGUUUACGCACAUCCAGUUCGAGUUCGCCAAACUUUUAUUAGCAUAUUCGGGCCUGCUGAUUGGUUUCACUAUCAGCUUCUGUGUGAUAUUCGCCAGUGAACCCGCGUUCGGCAAUCCUUUCACUGGGUUGAUCAAAGUCUUGGCUAUGAUGGUCGGUGAAUUGGACUUCGAAGGAUUCAUCAACCAGAUGGAUGAUAAACCGGUGGGCAGCUCUUUUGUCAUUUAUCAUCCUAUUUUAUCAGUGUGUUCGCAGAUUCUCUUUACGCUCUUUAUAGUAUUCGUUACUGUGAUUCUGAUGAACUUACUGGUCGGUAUCGCCGUACAUGAUAUACAAGGUCUGAGGAAUCAUGCGGGGCUUACGAAGCUAGUAAGACAGACGAAAAUGAUCCUUUUUACGGAAAUGGUACUGCACAACACUGCAAUCCCAUAUGCCUUCCGGAAAUGGAUGUCGGAUCACAAGAUUGACGUUGAAAACAGGAAACGGGUUCUUGUGGUAAAACCGCUUAAUCCCCUCGAGAAACGACUGCCUAAGGAUAUAAUGAAAGCCGCUUAUGAGAUAGCACAGAAGAAUAUUCCCUCGUUUAUGAAUGACGACAUCAAUUUGAGUGAUCGUGCCGUUUGGUUGAAACAACGACACAAUGGAUUCUCCGAUAUCGCUCUAGAAAUGACAUUUGAAAAACUGAUUGCUAUGAUGAAAGUGAAUGAAGAUGCUAUAAAAUUGCUAAGAGUACAGUUGCUAGAAAUGAACAAGAUGUUGGAAAACGUCGCAACAAAAUUAACGAAAGAAGAACAUACUACUUCAUUAUGAUUUUAAUAAUUUAAUUUUGAUUAUAUUUCCAUUACUUUUUACAAAUAUGACUGAUAAAGUAGAUAUCGAAGCCACGGUU